UAGCAAUAUGCGAAGUAUUAGGGAAGGAAUUAUUGGUAUCGAUUUCCUUUCAUUUAAUUAAUUUGUUAAGUACAUUCAAUAAUGUCUGAUACUAAAAUCCUAUGAAUGUUGUGAGGCACCUAAAAAUGUAUAAAGAAGCUCCGUCAUUGGUCAGCAGUGGAACGCACGUGUUACAAGCUCAUGACAACAACUGGAGAACAACAAUGAUAUUUUGAGACAUUUAUUGAAGAAUCGAAAGUCACAUCAAAAUCAUAGAUUCAACAGAAAAACAAUGGAAGAUGGAUGUAAAAGUGACUCAUAUUUUUCUGAUGCUCUUCAAGAACUCAGGAGAAUACAAAAACUCUACCCCCAUGAAGUUAUCAGUACGUUACAGAAAAUUCUGGGCGUCUGUCAGAAACAAGCCCCAAUGACCCCCUCAAACUGGCAACCGCUGGUUGUAGAGCUAUUGACCCUCCUCGCAUCGAAAACGUACCAAGAUGAGGAGUCAAUCCUAUCAGGCCGGAUUAUCUUCUCAAUUCUCACUAAAACCCAAACCUCUGAAGAGGUAACCCACCUCACCGGCCAAUUACUGAAAGUAGUCCCUGAUCACCUGGAGAUAUUUUCCCAGAAAAUUCCCCUCCAGGAUCCCGAAAUCUUUAAACUCAUGGUAAUAAACAGUCACCUCUCCAUCACCAAGAGUAUCCACUCCCCCAGCAUCUCCAACGAUUUCUUCCGAAUAAUCCACUCGCAUUGUUCCACUUACACCAAACACACAUUCCUCGCAUUCCGACUGUUGAAACUCUGGCUAGAAUCUACCCUGGACAGUUGUUUCUGGGGGAAAGACACCAGUAAAUUAGAGAAACAGCUAGAGAGCCUGAUAAUAUCAAACUGGGACAAUUGCAUCGGCGACGUGGCAAAGUGGAACGCCACCGAGAUAUACCCCCUGUAUCUCACAAUAAUGCAGAAUGCUCACCCGAAAUUCGUUGAAAAAUCCUGGAGUCUGGUGGUGGAUCGACUGUCGUGGCAGAACCCCACAAAAUUCACAAUUCUCUCGAUAAUAUCAUCAGUGAGGUCAGAUGCCCCACCAAUGCAGCCUGCGCACAUCAAAGAGAUCGUUAAAAGCCUCCCUAAAAGCCACCUGAAGCAUCCCUCAACGAAGCUGUACCUCUCGCUAUGGCACAAACUCCCUAAAGACGACUGGUUAAAUAUUUUUUACAAAACGGCCCAUCCAAUUGUCAAGACGUGGGAGGAGGGGAACAAUUUGAAUGCUCUCCAGCUGUUCUGGGACCUCUGGGUGAGGCCGACUCUCCUGAAAUUCAGUCCUUCCCUCUUCUUCGAGCUCUGGGCUUAUCUCUUCAAGGAUGAAAUGAUCGUCAGCCAAUCGUUCUUCGUCAAAUUGGCAGCGGAGAAAAGCAUCGGAUUAACAUCUUUGUUAGAAUCUCCAAUAAUCGAGUCAGUUUCCGGUGCAAAAAACGUCUGGAUCAACCACUCUGGAUUUCCACCUGUUUUAACUGAUGCACGGGAGUGUGUGAGGUUGAACGCCUUCGCAAUAUACUGCAGAGGAACUAAAUCCAAGGAACGCGAAGUCAAUGCCCAGGAUUACGAAAUAUGCGAGAGAUUUCUUUACUUCAACGCGAGAGCCGCUUCGAUAGGAUUCAGAAAAGGGUUGCUCGACAGUUUCAAGAAAUUCAUCGGGAGAAUAUCCAGCCGUCCUCCUAAAAAAGAAGACCUUGAUUUCUCGGAACACCUUCACGACUUCAUCCUGAACGGUUUCGAAGUGGGGUCUUGCUACCAGAGGAAGAUCAUAGCCCUGAACCUGUACUCCAUUAUCUCUGAAAAUGCAAGGAAACACGACAAGAAGUUAUGGUCGUGGACCCACAGCAGCAACAGGAGUUUCGAGGCGCUUGCGAAGUUGUGCCUAGACCCAGUGGAGGAAGUGCGAACGCAAGCCUGUGACAUCCUCUGCACCUUCGACGCAAGGAUUUUCACAGAAGCCGUGCAGCGCACUUUACACGAAGAGGGCAUGAAGAAUUGCAGGUCUUCCAAGUUCUACGAAAUCUUUGGUGGCGCCAAACUUCUCAGACUAAUUUCCACGAGAAAGGAAAUGGACUUCUCGUGGGAUCUUCUCGACGAAAUGAAGAAGCAGUUGUCUGCCAUGAGGGAGGACAUCCUGAGAGCUACCACUGGAGCCUCCCCCUUCUACGGUGCUCUGACAGCUCUUCUGGAGACAACCGAUCGCGAUAGAAUCGGUUUGGAUGAAGAAUUCCGUCACCAGCUCGUGGAUAUCCUGGAGGAGGCCUCGAUCUUCUUCCUGGAUUCCUUGUCUCCAACUCCUGGGAGCUCUGAAUGUUCAUCGUCCUUCGCAGAAAUGGGAAUAGCGAUUGAAGCGAUUAUAACGAACAGUGGAAUUAUCGAUGAAUCAGACGAGUGGGUGUUGUCACCAGCGCAUCAAACGAUUCUCUCAUGCAUUUGGAUGUCCCUCGCGACAAUUUGCGAAGCGUCAGGGAGACUGACGUGCAUUAAUGCAUUGGGGGAGGAAAUCUACAUGCGGCUGAUAAACAUAGUGGUGAGAAUUCUGAUGAAAUGUCGACAUAAGGGAGUUAUCAUGACCGCCGGGGGAGUCCUCGGAAGGCUGAUGAAUAAUCAGAACCUCCGGGUGGAGUACUUCGUGGAGCAUCUGGAGAAGCUUCUCAGUGUGGAUUCGCGGGAUGUCAAUAUGACGAGACAGGGGGCGGGACAGACCAUCAUGUUUCAUAAGCUCGUAUCCAAUGGGAAUAAACGGAGUCGGCCGCUUCUACAAGUGGCGCUGAGGAGGAUGUUGAAGGGUUUGAGACAGUCGGGGAAUUCCGGAGACUCGUCGAUCGGGGGGAAUUCUAAGGCUGACGAUCCCACAGCUCGGCAGAUUCAUUUUCUCAGAAGCGCUGUCGCUGAUAAGUCUCUUCAUGAAUAUCUGCUUCCUUACCUGGAGGAGAUCGCCUUGAUUUGUCUGAUGCAUCUGCGAUCUCCCGAGUGGCCGGUGCGUAAUGCCAGUCUUCGGCUGCUGGGGGCCAUCAUCGCGAGACUCGUGGGACAAGCCGGUGAGGAGGCCGGCCACUCGAUCGAACACUUCGUGACGCACUAUCCGAAGCUCGCGGAUGAACUCCUCCAGGAAUUGAAGGGCACGAAGGAGAAUGAUGAUGGGGUCAUGCCUGUUCUCAGUCUCCUCUCCAAGAUGACGGUUUCCGGGGAGGAGUGCCUCGAUUAUUCGUUGGAUGGCUACAGGAGAGAAGUUAUGGAGGAACUCUGGAGACUCUUUGGUCACAGAAUUGCGGGGGUGAGAGGUCUCGUGGCCAAGACGUACGCAGCGAUGGUACCUCCCAGGCACAUCGCUAGAACGAUCCUUCAGAUGACCAGAGCAACUAAUCGCGGCGAUCGAAAUCAUCAGCACUGUCUUUUUGAGACUCUGGGGUACCUCCAGGUGAAGGCUGAGUAUGAGUCCGUUUGUGAUAAUGAGGAGGACAGGGUGCAGGUGCUGGAGGCAACUGCUGAGGGGCUGGAGAGAUUGGAUGCUGUCCUGAGGGAAUGGGCCCGGGGGCAGGGGAGAAUCGAUUAUAUCGUCGAGUCUACGUUUGUUAAGUACCUGUUGAGAUCCCCGGAACUGAAUAAUUGUCGGUUCGAGGGCGAUAUCUGUUGGCGUUCGUCGAUCUCGAGGGGAGUUCGAGAGGAACGGAAUCGUCCUGGGUUCUGGGAGUUCCUCGACAGUUUAGCUGAAAUUCAUUGGACCUUUUGGGGGUUGGAAGGGUGGUUUAUCGAUGAGAUGGACGAGGGGAUUGAUAGGUAUAAUAUUUGUCUGAUGAACCAUGUGAAAAUAGAACAAAUAAAGACUCCGGACUUGGAAAAAAAUCUUGUGGGGAUUUUGACCUCUUUACUCAGGAAGAUAUCUAUGAUUAUGGCGGGAGAUAAGUCAUAUUUGGAGAUGUACUAUCCCCAGAUCUUCGGAUUCUUGAUUAAAAUGUUAGAGGACCAAAAUUGCCGGAAAACCAUUGAAGAAAAUUGUGUAGAAAUUGAUGUUAAAAAAAUUGUGGAGAACCUCGUUGAGAGUAAGAAUGAUAAUCAGAAAAGAUUGGGGCAUAUGUUGAUAGCCCUCACUCUUUUCGAUGAUUACGAUUUUCGGAGGAUGACUCUGGAUUUUGUUCUCCACAUGAUUGUCCGUGGCGACGAAUCGGAAAAAUUGUGGUCGUUGGAUUGCCUGAGGAAGUGCCUCAGAAGCAAGGACUUUGCGGCUCUUGAAAGUGAUCUCAAGUUGAUGAUCGUCGAGGCGCUGGUGAUUCUGUUGAAUGACGAAAUCCCAGAGAUCAGAGAGGCUGCCAACGAGACGAUCACAGUCUCCCGAAUACUGGCAACCUCCCGAGGGAAUUUCGUGACGUCAAGUCAUGCAGAUGUUAAUCUCCAUGAGAUCCUGCGACUGGCGGUUUCUUUGUGGUCAUCUGAUGAGGAAAUAAAUCGGAGUAGAAAGUUCAAUUCUUUUCUCAGGAAUAUUCUGGGCAACAGAUAUUCGAGGAGGAAUACUGGGGGUUUAGAGAGCCCUUUCAAUUACGAUGAAACUUAUCGAGAAGAUGGUAACCUUGUAAAUAUUAUCACUGAACUUGUUCACGAGCAUCUUCCCAGGCCUUUGCUCGAACCUUCAAGUGCUGAUGAAGAACCUAGUAUCAUGAACAGUAUCGACGUUGGUAGGGUCUAUCGGGAGCAAUACGUAGACUUGAACCAUGUAUGGCAGUCUCGCAGAUUAUAUUUUCUGCUGAACAUUCGAUUUGAAGACUAUGUGUCCUACAAGAUAAAUGUUCUGGAUAAAAUGGUGUCGAUAAAAAUAUAAUAAGACGUGAUUAAUUUUAA